UUGAGGUUCUUCUUUCUGGAGAGAGAGACACACAUUCAAACUUCAAAUUUUGAAGUUUUGCCAAUUUCGAAGGCUUCUCGUUUUGACUGUUUUUUCUUUUUUUGUCGGCGGCUCAUAUAAGUCUAAUAAUCACUGAAUGCUGAUGAAGGAGGAUCUUGUGAAAGGAAAAGAUAUGAUAGAAGCUGAGUCAGAAACAAAGACUCUCGCUAGAACCGUGGCUCGACAGAUUCUACUCGUCGUCUCUGAUUCUUCUUCUUCUCACUCCACUGUUGAUGAAGCCGCUCUAACAUCCAUUGAAUCGAUUAAGACAGGUAAUGUUGAGGUUCUGUCUCAAGUUUCGUUUCUUCUUGUGGAAAAGGUUUGGCCUUUACAAGUUCGCAUCUAUGCCUCUAAGAUGCUACAGUAUUUGGUUAAACUGCGGUGGGAUGAGUUAUGCUCCUCUGAGCAGAUGGAUAUUAGUAGUGCCUCCUUUGAACUCAUGUCUGAGGUAGCUUCUGAUCCAUGUGAAGAAUGUGGGAUGAAAAGUGAAACUAUCACUCUUGUUGCUGAGAUGUUUGAAAAGGAAGAUCUUGAGAUGUGGCAGGAGUUGUUUCUCUCACUAGUUUCCCUCUCCUCUCAAGGCCCUUUACAGGCAGAAUUGGCUUUGGGAGUGGUGAAGAGGCUUUCUGAACAUCAUAUAGAUUAUAUUAAGGAGGAGUUGGAAGACAAUAAGCAUAGGCAUCAUCUGUUGCAGGGACUUCCUGAUAUUUUGGUUUGGUUGCAUGAUCUUCUUGAAAAACACUUUGGGGAUGCAAGGAAUGCAGAAGCGAGAGAGAAAGUUGAGCUGGCUAAACAGCAUUCAGAUGCAGUCAUUGCUUGUUUGAAUGCCAUCAACUCACUCACAGAAUGGGCUCCGGUUCCAUAUUUUGCUGAAUACAAAAUUGUUGACCAGUGUGCAUCCUUACUUUCUUCUAGUGAGUUCUGCCGUCUUGCUUGUAUGUUCUUCAAACUUAUCUGCUCAAGAGAAAGACCAACUGAUGCUACUUCUGGUGCUGAAUUUGAUUCUACAAUCAUACGUAUCUGUAAAAUGAUGGUCUCUCUAGGCUCCACAAACUUCCAGUGCAUCUUCACAGAUAGCAUUGCCAUUGCUCUUUUUCUGGAACAGAUGCUUGGUUUUUUCGAACACUAUAAGUUUGAUCUUCACUAUGAGUCACUGUUCUUCUGGCUAGGGUUGAUGGAUUAUUUAACCUCAGACCUCAAUGCUCCUAAUUACCCACAUAGAAAGGGAGCGGCAAGCGAGGUUUUCACGGGAUCGGCAAGCGAGAUUUUCAAUAGUUUUAGACACCUCGACGGCGGCAAAAAGGAUAUUUUACUCCUUAUAGACGAUGAACUCGCCAGCAAGAUUCUUGACGUUUCGUUCCAACGCUUGAAUAAGAACGAGAUUCCUGAUGGAACAAACCUUUCACUUGAGCCAUCAAAGUUUGAAUAUCAGGAGUUUUGCCAGUACCAGAAGAGGCUCAUUGUGUUGAUCAGACUCAUCUCUUCUCACAAGCCAAUCAUUGGUACCACAAAACUAUCUUCAAGAACGGUCAUCCUUAUUAAGAACAUAUCGGUUUCUUCAGCGCCUGCUAUCCACUACGCAGCUGCUUUGAAGGGCCUGAGUACUGCUCUGGAGAGUAUUCUGCGUAGGCUUUUCCGUGAUAGUUCCCAAGUUCAUUCUCAACUCCACGAGAUAUUUGAGGGCUUGUUUCAGGAGGUCCUUAAUGCAAACUUCACUGAACCAUUAAUUAUUUCAGCGCACGUUGAGUAUCUAAACGCAAUGGUUCCUAUCAUCAAGUCCUCUCCAGAUGCGGUUGGGAGUGUUAUCGACAAGAUGUUUGCACUUCUCACCUCUCUUCCACCAGCAUCUAAACGUGCAAGAUUAUACAUCUGCUUAUCUUUGACGCGUUUAGCCAAAGCUGCUGACAAAAGCUUUACUCCUCACUUGAAGGGUCUAGCUGAUAAGAUGACACGUUUGCAGAGAGAAGGAGCUUUCCUCCCUGGUGAGCACAGCAGUCUUGUGGAAGCAUUUUUUGCUAUGACUUCUGCGUCAGGAGCUCAGACGCAGCAGCAAGACAGUUUUGCUUUGUUACUAGAACCAGUGCGCGAACAAUGGACUCAACCAGAGUGGCAAAACGAAUACUUAUCUACUCCCUCUGGUUUUAUUCAGUUAUGCUCCAACGCACCCUUGAUGCAGUCUAUUGUCAACACGGUCGCCGUCUUCAAGCAGGCUCUCACGGGAUGCACUUUCAAGAAAAGGAAGUUGAACAUGUCUGAGACGAUUCAUCCUCUGGCUUGUCACCUUUCUUGGAUGCUUCCACCUCUCCUGAAGCUCUUUCGUGUUAUCAACUCUCUGUCUUCUCCUGCUGUUUAUCAAACUUUGCCCACAAAACUCCAAACAGCAAUGAAGAUAGCAGAAGCCGAGUUACGUAGCGACAAAGGAAACCAAAGCCGUAAACUAACUAAAGCCUUGUUUACUUGCUCUAGUGGAGGGAACGCAAAUGAUAUUCGGAACUGGCUGAGAGCUAUUCGCGAUACCGGGUACCGUGUACUGAAUCUCUCUGUAGCCAUGGGAGAGACGUUCUACACAUCCAUCGAUGCUAACGAAGUUGCAGCGGCAUUCACUGAGAAUAUAUGUUGGAUGGAGUUCAGACAUAUAAAGCUGCUUAUUAACUCCUUCGUAGGCCCUCUUGUCAUAUCCUGUCCUGCAGAUAAGUGGGAGUCAUUGCUUGAACCGCUUCUAAGUCCUUUACUGACGCACUGUCAGCGAGCUCUUGACUCCUCGUGGACUAGUCUUCUGCGCGAAGGCAGGGCCAAUGUUCCAGAUCUGCGCAGUUUUGAAGGUGGUGAGACGAAGCUCAUACAACUGGAAAGACAGCUGCUCAUAGAUUUAUCUCGGUCCACUUCGGAUUUGCUCUCAAAGAUCUCUGCUCCUGAGUUAAACACAGGGCUUCCUAGUUUGAUGAAGCACUCAGACCAACUUGUUCAUGGUGAAACGUCUCUUCUCAAGGAUUUUGAUUCACUCAAAUCCAACUCUUUGGUGAGCUUACUCUUGAGUUGCAGAGACUUGGCAGACUCAGUAAUGCAGUUUUCUUUACAAGCAUGCACAUGGAGAGAUGGUAUUACAACUUUCAACCUCCGUUGUUUUUUCAUUAGCGUUAUUCAACUAGCCAUAACAACAAACAACGGAGAGCUCAGAGAGUUUGUGGCAAAAGAUUUGUUUAACGCACUCAUCAUGAGCUUGACCAUCGAUGAGAAUGUGAAUAACAGUUCCGUUUUAGUUGGUCUGUGCAGUGAAAUAUUUGUUUACCUUUCCCCGAGACACCCAGCUCCACGUCAGGUGUUGCUGUCACUCCCUUGUCUGACUCCUGAUGAUCUGCGUGAAUAUGAAAAGGCUUUGGCAGAAACUUCUGAACCCAAAAAACAGAAGCAGAUUACAAGAAGCAUGUUGUCAUUAGCUCUUGGAAUUAAUAUAAAAACUGAUUAGAAAACUGUAUAUGUCAGAUGGUGAGGGACUUUGAGUCCUCUAUAUAGUAUUAUUUAGUUUACGCUUAUGAAGUUGCAAAACUGAUAAGAUUGUUGUGAUGAUAAUACAAAUGCCUUAACUCUUA